CGCCGGCGCCCCCGCUCUGGGUCCCGAGUCCGAGCCCCGGGCCGCCUGGCUACUCCGGCAGGCGGGCGGCGCGGGGACACCGAGGGCGGCACCGGCCGAGAGCGCCUCUCCGCGGCCUCUGCGCGCCCUGCCAGGCCGCGGUCGGGCCGCGCGCCUUUGCCCGCCAGUCCCCAGCCCGCUGGGGCUGGGCACUUCCCAGUGCUCGUGGACGGUGGCCGGUCGCCCCCGGGCCCCUCGCAGUCAUUAGCGCCCCCUUUCCUGCCCCGCUGAGUCGCUGAGGCCGCUUCCUCCACCGCCGCCGCCCCCAGGCCACUGUCGGCCACUUCUUGACCCCCUAGGUCCUUACUGCCGCUUCCCAGGUUGCCGGAGCCUUCUCUGGUCGCAUCCCAACACCUGCCCUACCCGAGGCCAUCCCCGGCCUCUUCUGGACCUUUCGGAGAUAAGAGAGUGAACCUUGGCAGUUAGGGCCCAGGGGUAGGGGGUUUCAGGCUGCUGUCAUUGGUUCUGAAAGCUUAGAUGGCCCCCCACAGGCGUCCAAAUAUGCUUCAAAGAAUACCAUGAGUAUCACCCUGCGGAGGCCCACCCCAAGAUAUCUGGAACUGAGAAAAGAGAUUUUACAGGCCAUCAGGGAUUCAGUGGGGUCCUCUCUUGGGACUUCUCUUUACCAAAGGAGCUUUGAAAAAUUCUGUUGUGUUCCCAGGAGGCUGACAUGGCUCUGAUGUUUGAACGGGAAGCUUCAACACUUUUAAAAGAAACUUCAGAAUGGCUUUGAACCAGACGAGCUAGAAAUCACUUCAGGACACCGCUUUCAGCAUGCAUCUCCCCUGGUGGGCUUUCCUGGCGAGGAGCUCUUUGAAGAGAUCGUUCUGCAGAGAACCGGAGAGCUGAUGCUCAUGGAACCAGAUGAGUGGAUUCGACUUUUCUGGUAGGAUUCUCUUGCUUUAUUAUAUUCUCUCCCGGAGUUCUAAGAGGUGUGGAGGUAUUCAUGGAACGGACGGGCCUGCAAGGAAGGGAAGUAGCACUUUCACGCUGAAUGAAGACUAAGCAAGUAACGGUUGUGACUGAAAACACUUAAACCGCCCACGUCCAGAGUCACUGGAUUGGGGAGGCAGAGGAACGGUCACCGCUGGAGAGAAAGAAGUGAUACUGGAAAAGAAAACCCAAAUGAAGAGAAUGAGGAGAACUGGGAAGUAAAUGGCCGCCUCCAGCUCAGCAGAGACGAAGCCCGCCUCCUGGUGGAAUUAUUUUUUCCUUUAUGAUGGUUCAAAGGUAAAGGAAGAAGGAGACCCGACGAGAGCUGGCAUUUGUUAUUUUUACCCUUCUCAGACCCUGCUUGACCGACAGGAGUUGCUUUGCGGACAGAUUGCUGGAGUUGUCCACUGUGUUUCUGACAUUUCCGGCUCUCCUCCCACUCUCAUUCGUCUGCGGAAACUUAAGUUCGCCAUAAAGGUUGACGGAGAUUACCUCUGGGUGCUGGGCUGUGCCGUGGAGCUCCCUGACGUCAACUGCACGCAGUUUCUGGAUCAGCUCAUUGGAUUCUUUCAUUUUUACAACGGUCCUGUUUCUCUGGCUUACCAGAACUGUUCUCAGGAAGAACUGAGCGCUGAGUGGGACACCUUCAUUGAACAAAUUCUAAGAAACACCAGUGAUCUGCAUAAGAUAUUCAAUUCCCUCUGGAACUUGGACCAAACUAAAGUGGAGCCCCUGUUGUUGCUGAAGGCAGCCCUCAUUCUGCAGACCUGCCAGCGCUCGCCUCACGUUCUGGCUGGCUGCAUCCUCUAUAAGGGACUGAUUGUUAGCACCCAGCUCCCACCCUCCCUCACGGCCAAGGUCCUGCUUCAUCGAGCUGCACAUCGGGACCAGAGAAUACCUACAGGAGGGGAGGCCCUGCAGGACCAUGAAGCAGCACUCCCCCUGAAUGUCCAGAUCAUGCCUGUUUUCCUGACCGAAGAGGAAGCCGUCAGUCUCCGUGAGUUCCCGGGGGAGCCAGUAACGAGCUCUCCUGCACCUCCAGCCAGACUCCAGGAGUGCGCAUCUGCCCUGAGAGAAGAUGCCCCCAGGCAUGAGGAAUCCACGGCCUGGACCUUAGCCACCACCCCUGAGCCCACGUCCACUGACAUUUCUUGGCCAAAUGGCAAGGGAGAGAAUGGACAUGUGUCUGCCCACGAUCUGGAGCGCAUCAAGCCUGCAAAGCUGCCCCACACUCCGUGGGACAGGGGUCCUGGCCUCGGCUGCUCCCUGCUGAAGGACCCUGGUUCGUCCAGGAGGAUAGAGGACCUGGACCUGUCUGAACUCCACAUUCCAGAAGCUCAGGACAUGGAAACAUCCUCAGGUUCUCUUGCCUUCCUGUGUGUGCGCGCCCCAGAUGCUAGUGGUCCCCGCUGCAAAGAAUCUGUCAGUGACUCUGGCAACCCAGAACCCAAGCCGCCUGAGGCCCUACCUGUGGGCACAGCCAUUGGUGGCUUCGUCUCUCCCUCUGCUCUGGAGAUGCUCUCCCUCAAUGGAGCCCUAGAACAGCGUGAAGACCUUCCUGGUGACAGCAGCCCAGCCUCCAUUCCCAGAGAAGACUGCCUCCCUAGAAGGACGAGCUGGCCGUUGUUAUCGCCUCACUUAGAUUCGAGGCAGACAGAAACUAAGCGUCCCAUGGGGGAGCAAGGCACACAGCAGCGUGUUGAUGGAGUUCACGAGAGCCGCUCAGCCCCACACCUGGAAUGCAGCUCAAGCUCGGGAGACUCUCAGAGCGCUGGCCCCUCUGCAGAUGGAAUUGACUGGGGGUCGACCCCAGCAUCCCGCGCGGGACUCGUGCGGAUGAACCUCUACACUCACAGUGUUAAAGGGCUGGUGCUGUCCCUGCUGGCCGAGGAGCCGCUGCUGGGAGACGACGCAGCCGUCGAGGAGGUGUACCACAGUAGCCUGGCGUCCCUGAAUGGGCUGGAGGUCCACCUGAAGGAGACGCUGCCCGGAGAUGAGGCUGCCCCCACAAGCAGAACAUACAACUUCACGCAUUUCGACCGCAUUCAGAACAUGCUGACGGCGAACCUGCCUCAGGUGGCCACGCCCCAGGACCGCCGCUUCCUCCAGGCCGUCAGCCUGAUGCAUGCCGACUUUGCCCAGCGGCCUGCGCUGUACGAGAUGACUGUCAGAAAUGCAUCCACAGCUGUGUACGCCUGCUGCAGCCCUGUCCAGGAAACCUACUUCCAGCAGCUGGCGGCCGCAGCGCGGAGCUCCGGCUUCCCCAGUCCGCAGGACGGUGCCUUCAGCCUCCCGGGCAAAGCCAAGCAGAAGCUGCUGAAGCAUGGGGUGAACGCACUCUGAGCUGCGCCGCGGGAGGACGCACCGCACCCCAGGACCUGACUGCCAAGCGAGCACCAGCAGAGGAAGCUCUGCCUUUUAAACGGAGAAAGCCCCUCUGUCAUUGUUCUCAGAGUAGGCCCUUAGUUAGGAAUGUAGUGGUGCUCGAGUGUUUGUUACUCCUUUGCAGAUUGGGCUUUGAGGGGUCGUUCUUCAGGGCAGCAGACCUAGAGCCCGUGAUAAAGCCCUUUCUUCCCUUGGUGGUGUCGGGCCAGGCUGGGCGCUUUGGCCCUUUAUACCAAAGAGGUGCCAGGCCAGUGAGUGUCCCUGUCACACUGAGCCCGAGCCAGCUGACAGUCCUGCUGCUGUUCCAGCCUAGUCUAACCAGUACCACAGAAAUUCAGGUUGGCAUUUUUCUAGGACUGUUGUCCCCAGUCUGGAGUUUGUCCAGCCCUGUGUCCAGGGGGCGGGAUGAGGUGUGACUGCACCGUGAGGGGUGGAUUGUUAGCAAGCAGGCCGGACUCCCGCUUCUCAGUGAGGCUGUCUCCCGAGUGUCCUGGGAGGUCUGGAUCCUCAGUGCCAGGAGGCGGGGAUGCCAGGCCACCUUGCGUGAGUUCUUCUGGGACUCUAUUCAAAGCCAGGAGCCUGUUCUUGGGCAUCCUGCAGUGGGGGCAGAUCUUCAUAGUGUGCGUGGAAGGGGGUUUGGGGUAGAGAGAACCCUGAGGUGCCAAGCCCGAGAACCGGGUGACGACAGACCAGGCUGAGCUCCUUUGGUUAGAACUGGGCUGUGCAGCAGGUUCCUCUUGAGUGAGUGUCUCCAAGUGGGAGUUUCCACAGUGUCUGGGGGCAAAAUCAGAAGUGCUUUGCAGGGGUGUCUGUGUGAAAGGGAACAGCAUUCCUUUGUUUCUGGGCCGGUGUGGUACUUAGAAUAUCAGUUCUAUUACAAUAUAGUCAGACAUUUUUUGAUAAUAUGGUGCAGAUCACAGGAUGAAAAUAUUUACCAAAAUCUUAACUGAAUGUUUACUGGAAGUACCUGAGAUUCCAUUUGAAAAUUGCAAUGUUGUUAAUUUCACAUCAGUGAACAAAUGUCUAGUGUUUAUAGAAUGGUGCCUUUUUCUUGAAACAAGUUUCCAAGGGCUAAAAAUAAAAUAGCCAGAAAUGCCA